CUGGGAUGGACCCUGCAGGGCUGGAUGGCAGCAGUCGUGGUGGGGACAACAGCCCCCACUUCCAGAGGCCAUACAGGAACUUUGCCCCCGGGGCCUGUCGCUGGGAGCCGAGCUGCCGGUUUGCUUAUAAUGGAAAGGUGUUACAGGUGUGCAGGUACUUCCAGCAAGGCUUUUGUUUCUAUGGAGACAGAUGCAGCUACCAGCAUCUGCAGCCCCCUGGUCGCAUGGAGUGGGGACGCCGACAUUCGGAACCACGUGCCAGCCUGCCAAGGCCCUGGCUGGGGCUGACCCGCAGGGCCUCUGAGCCCACCUACCUGCCCUCCGUGGCUGUGGGUUGGGACAGGACUGGGGCCUGCUGGGACUCAGAGUCUGGUAUGGAGGAGUUGGCUGGCAAGUCCCAGGAGAUCAGUGGCAGUUCCUGGAAGUCCCUGUCACCAUCUGCUGACGGCAGUCUCAGUUACUCCCAGGAAUCUCAGCCCAAGUCAAAUCCUGUGGCCCCACUUCAGAGCCCGGAUCUUGAGAGGGAGCAGAAUAGUCGGGACAUUGUAUGUGGCAUCUGCAUGGACAAGGUGUGGGACAAGCCAGAGGCCGAGCGGAUCUUUGGCAUCCUGCCCAACUGUACCCACGCCUACUGCCUGGGCUGCCUGCGUACCUGGCGGAAAAAACGACAGGGCUUCCCCUUGGAUGUCAUCAAGUCCUGUCCCCAGUGCCGUGUCCAUUCCAGUUAUAUCAUUCCCUACAAGUUCUGGGUGAGCACAGGGGCUGAGAAGGAGCAACUCAUCAGGAACUUCAAGGCUUGGACUGGCCAGAUCCCAUGCCGGUUCUUCAUACGAGGGAAUGGCCAUUGUCCCUUCAAAUCUGACUGCAUUUAUCUGCACCAGCUCCCCACUAAAGCCCCAAGCUCUGGUCCUCCCUGGCCAGAGAGAAUGCAGUUAGUCCCUGGAAAUAAGGUGCUGGGCCCAACCACGUUCUCAGGAGGCACUGAGCAGGAGGACGAAGUGUUCGUCACAGACUGUGUCCUGACCAUGGCCUUCUGUGGUUGACAUUGAACUUUUCCCCUCUCAUCCUAACAGUUCUUACCACAGUCUCCUGUAACCAGGA